AAAAAAAGAAAAAAGAAACACCAAUAUAAGCCAUGGGUCUUUUAUCACUUGGUACACCACUUCAUUGGAAUGAUGCUCAAAAAUAUGCCGACCAUAUUAGGUCUCAUGGUAUUGACCAAUUCUUAUCUAUCUACCGAGCUCGAAAGGAUCAACAAAAGGAUAAUCUCUUAUGGGGUGAUGAGAUAGAAUAUGUGGUUGUGAAUGUGGAUAAAGAAAAGCAGAAGACCAAAUUAUCAUUACGCGUAUUUGACAUUCUUCCUGGCUUACAACAACCUGAACUUGAUUAUAACGCUGGAAAAUCAAAACAAGAACCUGAAGCUUUAUGGCGACCUGAAUAUGGACGAUAUAUGUUGGAAAGUACACCAGGUGUACCUUAUGGAGCUACUUUUAAAGAUUUAGUGCAAGUGGAAAACAACAUGAAACGAAGAAGACAGUUGGCCAAAUCUGUUAUGCAUCCUGGCGAUAUCCCUGUGACUCUUGUAAACUACCCUCGUCUUGGAUGUCCUAAUGAAUUGCUUCCUGAUCAUGAACCCAAUGGACAAGCUUGUCAAAGUAUGUUUGUUCCUGAUGAAAUUAUCAAUCCUCAUGCAAGAUUUCCUACAUUGACAGCCAAUAUUAGACGUCGUCGUGGUGCUAAGGUAGAAAUUAAUAUGCCUAUCUAUCAUGAUAAAAAUACACCAAAACCUUUUGUUGAUCCAACCAUUCCAUGGGAUCGUGAAUUAUUUGAUCAUGAUAAAGAAGCAAAAGAAGGUGCAGCCAAACCAGAUCAUAUCUAUAUGGACGCCAUGGCUUUUGGUAUGGGUUGUUGUUGUCUCCAAAUCACUUUUCAAGCAUGCAAUAUUGAUGAAGCUAGAAGAUUAUAUGAUCAACUUGCUCCGGUAGCUCCUAUCAUGUUGGCUUUGACGGCGGCAACUCCAAUUUUCCGUGGUUAUCUAGCUGAUGUUGAUAGCCGCUGGAAUGUGAUUGCUGCAAGUGUAGAUGAUCGAACCAAAGAAGAACGUGGACUGGAGCCACUGAAGAAUAAUCGAAGAGUGAUCAAUAAAUCUCGAUAUGAUUCCAUUGAUGCCUAUAUUUCUACGGAUGACACAUACAAGGACAAAUACAACGAUUUGGAUUUACUAUAUGAUGAAGAUAUUUAUAAAAAGUUAAUGGAUAAUGGUGUGGAUGAUCUUUUGGCGAAACAUUUAGCUCAUCUUUUUAUUCGUGAUCCUUUGGUUAUCUUUGAAGAACUAUUGAACCUUGACGAUGAACAAUCUUCUGAUCAUUUUGAAAAUAUUCAAUCGACCAACUGGCAAACUGUACGAUUCAAACCUCCACCACCACAUUCCAACAUAGGAUGGCGUGUUGAAUUUAGAAGUAUGGAAGUGCAGCUCACUGACUUUGAAAACGCAGCGUUUUCCGUAUUUAUUGUAUUAUUAACAAGAGCUAUCCUCAGUUUUGGUUUGAAUUUUUAUAUCCCAAUCACAAAGGUGGAUGAAAAUAUGCGAACAGCUCAUCGACGAGGUGCAGUUACUAAGGACAAGUUUUAUUUUAGAAAAAAUGUAUUUGAAUCCAAUAAUAACAAAAAUGAAGAAGAUAAUGACGCGUUUGAAUUGAUGACAAUGAAUGAAAUAGUGAAUGGACAAAAUGAAGAAGAUGGAUUUCCUGGUUUUAUUCCUUUGAUACAUAGUUAUCUUAACAGUACCAAUAUUGAUAUUGAAACUCGAUGCAAAUUGACAAAAUAUUUGGAUUUGAUUAGCAAGCGAGCAAGUGGUGAAUUGAUGACUGGUGCAACUUAUUUACGACAAUUGGUGAAACGACAUCCAGAUUAUCAACAUGAUUCAGUGGUAUCACCUUCCAUCACUUAUGAUAUUGUCAGAACUGCGGAUGAUAUUGCUCAAGGACAUAUUAGGGUACCAGAACUUUUGGGUGAUUUUGAUCCAUGAUGAUUCUUAUUAUUAUUAUUAUUAUUAUUAUUAGUAUGAUUGAUCUUGUUUUUUUUUUUUGUAUAGUUUUUUAUUUUAUAUUUUAUAU